AUGCCGGGCCCUUCAACGCUGGGGCGGCAAAUGACGUUUGCCGGACCCAUGACGUUGAAGUGCAACGAUGGUGGUUCGGGUAGAGUCCUAGGCAAUAUCGGUGAUUUCGACCUUCGUAAUGUCAUCUUUGCUGGGUCGGUGGAGGAUGAGAUCAUUGGAGUCGAUUGUGGUUCAGAGAAGGCAUUGGCACUCCCCGUCAGUAUCACCUCUGGGGGCGCUAUGAAGUCUACGAUUUUUCUACGCUGA